GGUUUAUUUAAAUAGUUUUCUCAUUUAAGCAGAACUUUUCUGGACCCAGUUAGAAUACUGAAGUUAAUUUCAAUUAAACUGAUCAAAUAUCAAACUGGUACUGAACCUGACAAACGGACCUCAGUGGAGCCAGACUCGUGUACUGAAUGUUCGCUGGUGAUUUCUAUCCAGCUGUAAAAAUAGAAUCCAAUCCUGGCAGGAAUGUGUCAGCAGAAGGUUCUGGUUCUGGAGCCUGUUGACCAGUGUAACUCCAGAGAGCAGGUGGUUCUGGUCUGGCUGUGUUCAGAACCAGCAUCUGGUUUCCUUUCACAAGAAGGUUCAAACAAAACCUUGUUUUUUACAGACCUAAUAAAUUUAUUACAAUUUUAUGUUUUGAAAAAGUAAAUUGAAUGGGAAUAAUGCUACAUUUUUGAUUUGACAAAUUACUUAAACUUGCUUUUUCUUCAUGGAGUUUGCUUAUUAAAUUGUUUCCAAAAAUUAACAUUUGGUUACAUCUUCAAACAUUUGCACCGUUGAGUAAAGAUUGCCCCAUUAAAAUUAAAAUGAUAAAAAACUGUUCAAAGUAAAAGGAAGAAAUUUCGCUCUCGCUUCUUCGGUCCCUCGCAGGCAUCCAUCGGUCUCCAUGGUAACGCUCCUGAUGCCGCCAUUGCUCGUUUGUUUUUGUUCUUCCUGCUUUUCUUCGAUAUUUCAGGAUGAGGAAGAAGAAAAGCGACUUUAUUUGGUUUCUGUUAGACUCGAAGAGUUUCACUCCCUGAGCAGUGAGUCUAAAUUGUUUCCAGGAAAGGUUCGGUACCGCCGGUUCUGUUCAUGUGAACCACGUCCGGUUCUUUUUAGGGUUCUAGAUUAGCUUUUUCAUGCUAACAAACUCCGGAGUCUGGAGCUGAAGUUGGCCUCUGAUUGGGAGGUCCAUUAAAGGGACAUUUCAGUGAAUUUAAGGCUCAGGAAUCUGUUGAAGGUUCUGCUCCAGACGCAGCAGAAGACGCAGCAUGCAGGUGCUGCCGCCCUGGGGCCUUGCCCUCCCUCUCCCUGCAGUGAUGCUGAUCGCCGUCAGUCUGUACAUGAUGGUUCUGGGGGUCGGGCUGUGGAUCCACUACUGCCUCAAGGACUUCUGUCCCCCUUGUCCCUGCUGUCCCUGCUGUCCCAGUGUCUCCGUCUGCGACCAAUGCUUCAGACUCGCUGAGAUGUGCGACUGUCGUCUGCCAGGCGUAAGCGCCUUCCUGCCAGACUCAUGUUCCAAUGCUCCGUGCUUCAGCAUGGACUGCGCCUGCACCUGCCAGCCUCCAGAGUGCGACUCCUGCAACUGCCUCUGCUUCGAGAUUCGGAUCAAGUAGAACCCAGGACCGGUUCUGACCCUCUCAGAGGAACGACGUGAAGCCGGCCCGGUUCUGCUGAACAAAACCGACCUGACCCGUUUUCACUGGCCCAUCUGUGGUUCUGACCCGUUUUCUGAGCCGGUGUGUUUGGACGCAGUGCCCAGUCUGACCACCAGAUGGUGUUGCCGCUCCAUUCUCUGGGUUUUGAGAUGAAGCACGCGGUGACAGUGGGAACCGUUUCAGGAACCCGGCCGGUUUGGACCCUCCUCCCCCCCUGAAGUCUUCACCCCUGUCUUUGCCUCAAUCUGUUAUGUUGCCCAUCGGGUCACUGAUUGUUUGUGACGGGUCACAGGAGCUUUAACUCUUCCAACCUGGGCCAGCGGUCUCCAACCUGUGGCUCCUGGGCCACACAUGGCCCUUUGGUCCUUCACUGUGGCCCUUAUGAAAGACUAAAAACAGUUUUUAUAUUCUAAAAGCAAAAAGGAGGGCUGGUUUAACCAGUUCUGUAUUUGUACAUCAAUGCUUUGUUUUUGAAUAUAAUUUAAUGUUUUUACGGUUCAGACUUUGAUCUCCAUUUUUUUGAUGGGCUGCGAAUCUAACACAUUUAAACUUUUGGGUAAAACUUAGUUUGUUCUGAAAACUGAACAUAACAUUGUAUUUUGUUUAAUUCCCUUGUUUAUAAAGCUUUUAAUGUGGCAGAGGGGCAGGAACGGGAAGGUUGGAGAAGGAGCCUCUGGAAGAGCUGCAGCUCAGGUGGGAAACGUUUUGCUGUCUCACUCUGAUGUUUCCGUGCCAGAAGAAGCCGAGCAGCUUGGAACUAUGCUUCUCAUAAAGAGAAGUCAUAAAGAUCCUUUUCUUUAUGACUUUAUUCUUCAGUCAUAAAGAGAAGGUCUGUUCAGGUCGCGCCACCUUUACUGCAGCAGGCGAAACAGGAACAGCAAGUGACACGUUUUCACAGUUUAAAGAAAAACUCAUUUAUUUCUCAAUACAGUUUUACAGUAAAGUGCAAUCAAAGCCUGAGAG